AUGGCCUCAAAGUAUCCAGGAUACAUUGCAUGUGAAGAAACAUGCGGCGGUAUUGUCUGCGGAUAUCUUCUCCCAAAUGCCAGCAUGCUCAUUCUUGCGUCUGGCGCAAGUACCAAAAAUCUCCCUGUGGAAUGCGAGUUAUAUAUCCAAGCGAAAGAAGAAUUUUCAAAAUACGAAAAUCACAUGGUUUGUACUUGUGAAAAUCUAAAGGCUCCUAGAGGAUGCAAGUGUCCACUAGGUUCUAUUAGGAACCUGCGUGAAGAGAUCACAAAUGUACUUCCCAUUAAAACCCCAUUCACAGAAAUAAGGUUAGAAGAAGGAAAUAUCAACGCCUAUACUCAUCAACACGAAACCACUAUUGUUCUUGAGUCAAGCCUUAUGUUCAACAGCGCGCAUUACAUCAUAGAACAAUCUUGUGAUGUAACAUUUGAAGAAAUAAAAGGCUGCUAUAAUUGCCUUGAAGGAGCACAAGUUAAAGUCUCGUGCAUAACUCGCAUCAAUGCCUGGGCAACUGUCCAGUGCGAAUCUCAAAUGUUCUCCAUCGAAUGUGGACCAUCGAACAAAACUAAUGUAGUAUAUCUGGAGUUUAGUAACGCUCUGAUACAGCAAAAGUGUUAUACGUCUUGCAAUGGGCAUGAAAUCACAUUUGAUCUACAUGGAACACUUGUAUACCAUCCCAGAAGUAAGAGAAGCCAGGUUUAUUCCGAAGAAAAUAGCAGAGAAAGCUCAAGCGAAUACUUUGGAAAAUUUGAUCUACCUGAUCUUCAGCCACUCUUGAAAGUUCUUAAAGAACACUGGAAUUUGUUCCUUGGAACGCUAGGUGCCAUGGCAAUAACAAUAGGGAUCACCUAUGUGCUGGGCCCACCAGCCCACCUUAUACUAUUGAUAAAAAUUGUCGUUACACUGCUAAAAACUGCUGUUUCCAUAACAAUUCUUCUACUGAAACUGCUUUGCGCCUGCGCAGCAUCUGAAGUUAUCCUAGAAGAGCCUCAUCGACCUCAAAAAUCGGGUCCCCUGGCCCAUUCGACUACCUUAGCACUGAUUUCGCAGAUGGUUGUUCACAUACCAUACUUCCUUGCCAACAGAAUUGCGCAACGGAAUCAAGACACACCAUUCUGCGAACGUUCAAGGACGCAUUUGCGCAGAAACGCUUUGUCCUACGACGACUUUGCUGCUCCGCCUACUCGCUCAUCAUGCUGGGCGUGCGGAGUUGUUUGCUCUCACUGUCGGGUAGCAUAG